AUAUUAAGGUAAUCAGUAAAAACACAUUAGCCCAAAGUAACCCAUUCACCUUGCUUCAUAUGUGUAGGGUGUAAAAUGCACCCUUCAACCUUUUUGACCCAUGCGUAUCUAUAAUCUGUUCCAGAUUUAUCUAUGCAGCUGAAUCUCUCCAUGUUUGAAUACAACGGUCGGAGUGGCUACAGACUGAAGCCUGAGUUCAUGAGGAGGCCGGACAAGCACUUUGACCCCUUCACGGAGAACACCGUGGACGGCAUUGUAGCAAACAUGCUCUCUGUGAAGGUGAUUUCCGGCCAGUUCUUGACUGAGCGGCGGGUGGGUGUGUACGUGGAGGUUGAGAUGUUUGGACUACCUGCAGACACCAAGAGGAAAGCACUGAAGACGAAAACCUCUCAGAACAACGCCAUCAACCCAGUGUGGGAUGAAGAACCAAUCAUCUUCAAGAAGGUGAUCCUUCCAACCCUGGCCUCGCUGAGAAUCGCAGCUUAUGAGGAAGGAGGAAAGUUUAUCGGCCAUAGGAUCAUUCCCGUCUUGGCUAUAAGACCUGGUAUUUUUUGUUUAUUUAUUAUCUUUUGUUCCAUUUCUCUGUCCAUAGUUUAAUAUUUUCACUAUUGAAUUUGAGUCACUUGGUUUUAGCUUUAAGCGUUUAGCUGAUAUCAACAGUUCAAAACAGAGACUGUCGGCCGACAGUGUUUAUUUCAAUCUACUGAUCCCAAAAACUCCAUUAAUAACAAGGAAAGA